GAGCUCCAUUGAUUGGGGCAAUGCACCUUUUUCUCCAGACCCCCCUGCUGUGCGGCUUACUCAUCGAGACACCUGUGCUCCUUCCACUGUGCUCACAUGACAUGAGUACACUCGCCAAGAAGUUCACGCCAUCUCCAUCCCCCACACUCGCCGAUUCCAAAACAUAUUUAGCGUUCCUCUGUGAGCUGAUAAUCCUCCUCCUACGGUUGCCUUCCUUUCGGCUGUUCUGUUGCCUUCUUCAGGGAUCUGAAGAUGCAUACCACCUUGAUCGCGCUCUACAUUACGGUUUGCUCUGCCCUGUUCAUCAUAUCCAAGAUGCUCAUCUCGUUCCUCUGCUACAAGAAGUGGGCUCGCAAGAAGAGGAUCAUCGAGACAAGCCUGACAGGUGGCAAGAUGGUGAUCUUCCGGUCGGCGGCGAUGCAGUCGCUGAGUCCCAAAUCGUUCCUCCGGAUGAUCAUGGGGCUGUCGAGCAAGGACAUCAUCGGGUCGGGGGGCUACGGGACGGUGUACAUGCUGAGGCUGGACGAGAAGUCGGCGUUCGCCAUCAAGAAGCUCAGCAGGGGCAGCGCGGAGAUGGACCGUGGGUUCGAGCGGGAACUGGACACCAUGGGCGACAUCAAGCACCGGAACAUCGUCCCGCUCUGCGGCUACUACGCCGCGCCCCACUUCAACCUCCUCAUCUACGAGCUCAUGCCCAACGGCAGCCUCGACGCCAUCCUCCACGCCGGGAAAGACCAAGAUCAGCAGGAGGCGGAGAAGAAGAAGCGGGCCGUGAAGCUGGACUGGCCCGUGAGGUACAAGAUCGCGCUGGGCGUGGCCCGGGGGCUGGCGUACCUCCACCACGACUGCAUCCCCCACGUGAUCCACCGGGACAUCAAGUCCAGCAACAUACUCCUCGACCACAACAUGGAGGCCAGGGUGUCGGACUUCGGCCUCGCCACGCUCAUGAAGCCCAACGAGAGCCACGUCACCACCGUCGUCGCCGGCACCUUCGGGUACCUCGCGCCAGAGUACUUUGAGACUGGGAGGGCGACGACCAAGGGCGACGUGUACAGCUACGGCGUCGUCCUGCUUGAGCUGCUCACCGGGAAGAGGCCGACGGACGAAUCGUUCCUUGAAAACGGCACACGGCUGGUGACCUGGGUCAAGGAGACGAUGGAGGAGAAGAGGGAGGAGCACGCCGUCGACGAGACGCUGCCAUCUUUCCCGGCGGAGGAAGUCAAGUUCGUGUUCACCGUGGCGGAGAAGUGUCUGGAGUCCGAUCCCCGCGAUAGACCAACGAUGGCCCAGGUCGCAAAGAUGCUUGAGCAAGCGAAGCUGGCGUAGUACGCACGCUAGUUAACGAUCAGUAUAUAACUGCACAGGUCUUUCGUUGGGUACAGACUUUUUUGCUCUCAAGGUGUUGUUUUUGCGAAGUUCAUGCUGGAUUCUGCAUAGAAUUAAUUAGGAAGAAAAAUCUCAUGUGUUGUGUAAGAGGUGAAACCUAUGCUUGAAUUUGUACUUAGUAAAAUUUGUACACACGAUGCUUAAAGGGCCAGCUCUGUCGCUAGUCUAGAUCAGGACUUCUAAGCCAGCACACUUUAACAUAGUAA